AUGGCGGCGUUUCCACUAUAACAAAGCGGUGGUCACUCGUUUGGACCAGAAAGCUAGUCUGGACUAACUGGGCAGCAGGUUGUGUUGAGCUUACAUUCAGUUGCAUGGUGUUGUAUUUAUUGACGCCAUAGAAGAAUUCGCCCAGUUUCAUAACACCUACAUGGAGUUGUCCUCGGUGUGAUCACCACAAUGAAAGCGGAAGCAGAGUAGAACUUCACCAAAUCUGUAAGUAAUGAAGGCAAAGUUAACAAUAUUGCACGCUAGAAUAACUAAUACCCCUGCUACAAGAGAGAAGAGCCCACCACUGAACCACCUAUGGCUGCAUGAAGUUAUGAAGAUUGUAUGCAACCAGAAAACUCCGUGAUAUACUGAGAUACCCAGUAGGACUUAGGGUGCAGCAAUGAAUUUCCAAGGCCUACGCUUUCGUUCCCCUUCACAAAAGGUGAUGGUUGGCCUCUCAGUUGGGAUUAUUGUUGUGCUUUUGAUGUUUUUGUGGAUAAUUCAAGGUCCCCAGUUGCAUCUAACAGGUGUCACAUCAUACAAUCUGAUGGAUGAAAUAAUCUCGACAUUAAGGGAUAAAAAUGACACCGAUGUCAAACAGUAUGGGGACCCGUUCUUUUAUAAAGAAGAGCUAGGAGGGGAAGUAGCCUCGAUGCUACAGGGGGAUGUGGAUAAGUUUAUACCCGAGUUGAAAAUGACAUUAAAGGAAUACGACAGACUGGAGAAAGGGUUUUAUGGCCAUCUCAUGCGCCAGCAGUACGACUGCCGUAAUAGAGUUCGUGCUGGAAUCUCUGAAGAUGGAGGUUGGGAAGUGUGUAUGGAUCCACAGUUUGCAAUCAAACCUGGCUCUUGCCUUGUGUAUUCUUUUGGAUUGGGAAAUGAAUGGUCCUUCGACAAAUAUAUGUCAAAGAGUUGCACAGUGUAUGGAUUUGAUCCAAGCAUUGGUCUAAAGCAUGAGUAUCAGGAGGUGCAACCAAAUAUGUGGUUUUACAACAUUGGGCUGUUUCGUGAAAACAGAAUCGUCAGGUGGCAAAAUGGACAAAGAUGGACUCUCAAAACUCUUGGGACAGUAAGACAGAUGCUGAAACAUACAGAUGCAACAAUAGACUACCUCAAAAUGGAUGUGGAGGAAUCUGAGUGGGACGCUUUAAAAACUGCCUUUAAGGAAGGAUCUUUAAAAAAUGUUAAACAAUUAGCCAUGGAACUGCAUAUAUGGAACUUUUCUAAAUAUAUAACACCGAAGCAUGUAUAUGUAUUGAGGAAACUAGAAGAACUUGGCUUUAAGAUAUUUUUCUCAGAAAGAAAUGGGUCUUCGAGAAUUAAGUCCAAAUUCACUGGAAGAGUGCUGACGUGGGCCAAUAAUGUUUAUUUUGUCAAUACGAACUAUCUACAGACAUGAUUCACAUAAAGGGAACGGGAUUUGAAAAUUUGUUGUCAGUAUUACAGGAAUAGUAGUCCUAGAAAUGGAAACACGUGCUUCCAUAUGAUAAGUGCAGGCUAGAGUUAAUCAGCGUAUUGGGGUUAGUAUAUGAAACGAAUGUCACGUCAACAAAGUGAGGGGAGAACGGACUACGGUUCUUAGCGGACUACCACUAACCCUAACUUAUACUAACCAUAUGGAAGCACGGACUUCCAUUCCUGGGACUUUCAUUCCUAGGAUUUUCGUUCCUGCGAGACUGAUUGAUAUAAUGGCCUCCAUUACCCCUCAAACCUCAAGUGACAGUGGCCGCCGCACAAACCUUUUUACUUUUUUAGUUAUGACUGCAACAUAUCCACCUUGAGGUCAAACGACGUCUCAUAUUAAUGCCAUAAAACAAGUUUUUAUUUAUGUGAACAAAUCAUUUAGGGUCGUGUGAUCUGUGAUACGUACAUUUCUCAUACUCCUAUGUUUAUGAAGUGGUACCGCUAUCAAAAAUAAUCUCGUGGAGUUGAAUCGAUAACAGUGGUGAAUGUGUUUUCGAUUUAAAAAAAAAAACACGUUUUAUGAUAUGUUUUUAUGUCUCUGAAAUCAGUAUUGGGUCUCUGAAAUAAAAGAACUACCAAGUUA